GAAAUCAGCCAAUGGCGUGCGCGCGCUGGAGCCUCCUCCCCGCCUCCUUCGUCCGGCCCGCGAGUUGUUGGGGAGGAAGCGCGGCGGCCGGGCGAGCGCUGGGCAACGUCGCUCGCGUUGUGUUCGAGGGGAGCUCAAGAUGACCGGCUCUAACGAGUUCAAGCUGAACCAGCCCCCCGAGGACGGCAUCUCGUCGGUGAAGUUCAGCCCCAACACGUCCCAGUUCCUGCUGGUGUCGUCGUGGGACACGUCGGUGCGCCUGUACGAUGUGCCCGCCAACUCCAUGCGGCUCAAGUACCAGCACACGGGCGCCGUGCUCGACUGCGCCUUCUACGAUCCAACGCACGCAUGGAGUGGGGGAUUAGACCAGCAGUUGAAAAUGCAUGAUUUGAACACGGAUCAAGAAAGUCUUGUGGGAGCCCAUGAUGCCCCUAUCAGAUGUGUUGAAUACUGUCCAGAAGUGAAUGUGAUGGUUACUGGGAGUUGGGAUCAGACAGUUAAACUAUGGGACCCCAGAGCUCCUUGUAACGCCGGCACCUUCUCUCAGCCUGAAAAGGUGUACACGCUCUCGGUGUCCGGCGACCGGCUGAUCGUGGGCACGGCGGGCCGCAGGGUGCUGGUGUGGGACCUUCGCAACAUGGGCUACGUCCAGCAGCGCCGGGAGUCCAGCCUCAAGUACCAGACCCGCUGCAUCCGGGCAUUUCCCAACAAGCAGGGCUACGUGUUAAGCUCCAUUGAAGGCCGGGUAGCAGUGGAGUACUUGGACCCAAGCCCUGAGGUGCAGAAGAAGAAGUACGCCUUCAAGUGCCACAGGCUCAAAGAGAAUAACAUCGAGCAGAUCUACCCCGUCAACGCCAUUUCCUUCCACAACAUCCACAACACAUUCGCCACAGGUGGUUCUGACGGGUUUGUGAACAUCUGGGAUCCGUUUAACAAAAAGCGCCUGUGCCAGUUCCACCGCUACCCCACCAGCAUCGCCUCCCUGGCCUUCAGCAGUGACGGGACCACGCUCGCCAUAGCGUCAUCGUACAUGUAUGAGAUGGACGACACCGAGCAUCCUGAAGAUGGUAUCUUCAUUCGCCAAGUGACAGAUGCAGAAACGAAACCCAAGUCACCGUGUACUUGACGAGAUUUCAUUUGCUCAAGUGCCGCGUUGAUGAUGAUAAAACAAUUCCUACUCCCCAGUGAUGGAUUUAUUACUAUUAACAAAAGAAGCCAGGGGGGGAAAAUACUAAUUUUAAUAUUAGAAGAGCCUGAAAAUAGUGGACAAGAGGUUUCUACUGAUUUGUUUUUUUAAAUCUUUCCUUAAGUGCAUGAGGUGCUUUGCAGUAUUAAAGGCAUGUGGGCAAACAAAAUUGGAGGGCAGUGGCUACACUUUUGAGAAUCUGUUUUGACCUUGCUUUUCGUUUCCACUGUGGAAGUAAACGUUUGUAUAAAUAAAUAAAUCAAAACACA